AUGAACGAGGACGAUCCCUCCCUGCUGAGACGGCAUUGCAACACGAAGAUGUUGCGAAACGUUCGUGACUUUCCGCAGGUGACGUCACCCGGGCGGAUGACGUUGCACACGACCUCCAUACAAAAGCUGCGUCCGCGUGACGUACGGGAACAGUCAGUCCUCUUUCUCUUCUUCAUAGAGAUAGCUAACCAUAUUUUUUGUCAAGCCGCCAAAGUGGAGAGUGUCGUUGCACCAGGGGGACCUUCUCGUUUCAGUGUGGGGGGAGGAGGUGGGGGUGCACCUCAGCACUAUCCCAAGACUGUCUGCAACAGCGAGUUCCUGGGGAAGACCCCAGGUUCUAGCGUUCAGAGAUGGAUUCCUUCUCGAAGCACUAGACGAGAUGCCAACACCUCCAGUGACAAAGGACAACACGAUGGGACCUUCAGGAAAGUGAGAGGCAUACUUAAUAAGUUGACUCCCGAAAAGUUUGACAAACUCUGCUUGGAACUCCUCAAUGUGGGUGCGGAAUCGAAACUUGUCUUAAAGGGAACAGUCUUACUGAUUGUAGACAAAGCCCUUGAGGAACCCAAGUACAGCCAGCUUUACGCACAACUAUGUCUUCGCUUGGCAGAGGAUGCACCAAACUUUGAGCCUCCAUCAGAAAAUCAAGCAGCAACCAAGCAAAAUACAACUUUCAGAAGGCUUCUGAUCUCCAAGCUUCAAGAUGAAUUUGAGAAUCGUGCCAAGAAUGUGGAUGUCUUUGACAAACAUGACAACCCACUCACCUCUGAGGAGGAGGAGCAGCGUUCUAUUGCGAAGUUCAAAAUGCUGGGAAACAUCAAAUUUAUCGGUGAACUUGGCAAACUCAAUCUCAUCCAUGAAUCAAUUCUUCACAAGUGCAUCAAAACACUUUUGGAGAAGAAAAAGCGAGUUCAACUUGAGGACAUGGGUGAGGACUUGGAAUGCCUCUGUCAGAUAAUGAAAACUGUGGGACCUAAACUUGAUCAUGCAAAGGCUAAGUCCUUGAUGGAUCAGUACUUUAGCCGAAUGCGAUCCUUAAUGAACAACAAGGAUUUACCGGCAAGGAUUCGCUUCCUGCUUCAGAACAUGGUGGAACUGCGAGACAACAAUUGGGUUCCUCGCAAAGCUUAUGUUGACAACGGGCCAAAGACCAUCAACCAAGUUCGUCAGGAUGCCGUAAAGGAUUUGGGUGUUUUCAUUCCGCCUUCAACUGAUGUGAUGAAAAACGACUUCUUCAUGAGUAACGCCUUCAUGUCGAGGGGGAUGCCGUUUGACAGGGAACCUGUUGGUGGGCUGGCUGACAUGUUUGGACAACUGCCAGGAAUUGGCAUUGGGACUGGUCCAGGAGUAAUUCAGGACCAUUAUUCCCCUACCAUGGGUCGACAUCGUGCAAGCCAACUUUUUAAUGGCCAUGUUGGAAAUGGAAAUGUUUCACAUCAGCCUCAGUUUGAAGCAGGGGGUAAACCAUUCAUAAAGCCAAACCAGGGGCAGAAUUCGCCUGUUUUCAGCCAUAAACAGAAUAAUUUGGUGCAGUCGAAGGAUAUGGCUCCAAGGUUCAGCAAGAAAGGGAAACUCAAUGCUGAUGAGAUCAGUCUGAGGCCGGCACAGUCCUUCCUCUUAAAUAAAAACCAAGCGCCAAAGUUGCUGCCACAGAUGACGAUGAUUCCUCAAACAGGUUCCCCGAUAGGACAGCUUGGCCUCAAAACCAACCCCCCUCCAAUCCAGGAAAAGCCAGCAAAGUCAAACAAAAAGGCUCCUCCUACAAAAGAGGAGUUGCACAAAAUGAUGGAGACCUUGUUGACCGACUACCAGAACAACAAAAACAUCGAUGAGGCAGUGAACGCUGCAAAAGAGAUGAAAGUUCCCAAACACUUUUUGUCUGAAAUGCUGAACAAGAUAAUCGUCCACUCGCUCAACUGUUCGGAUGAUGAAAGAGAAGAUGCAAGCAAACUGAUCCACGCACUCUGCACAGAGUGCCUCGUCACACAUGAAAACCUUAUCCCAGCCUUUUUGGGUGUUUUGGAUCAGUGCCCGAAGAUUGAGGAAGAAAUCCCUCUGGUGAAGUCCUACCUGGCACAGUUCGCUGCUCGAGCAAUUGUUGCUGAGCUGGCCAGCAUUGAUGAUUUGGCUCAUCAGCUGGAGAGUGGGGCACAUUUCCCGCUGUUCCUGCUUUGCCUGCAGCAGAUGGUCAAACUGAAGGACCGCGAGUGGCUGAGUGACCUGUUCCAACAAAGCAAGGUCAACAUGCAGAAGAUGCUACCUGAGAUUGACCAGAACAAGGACAGGAUGCUGGAGAUUCUGGAGGGCAAGGGUCUCGGCUUUUUGUUUCCGCUGAUGAAACUGGAAAAGGAGUUGUUGAAGCAGAUCAAAGUUGAUCCCUCCCCACAGUCCAUCUAUAAGUGGAUCAAAGACAACAUCUCUCCAAAACUCCACACUGACAAAGGCUUCAUCAACAUCCUUGUGACCAGCUUCCUGCAGUACAUUGCCUAUGAGAUCAACCCUGACGACGAUGAGGAGCUGUUCGCAUCUCCCAGUAAAGAGCAGCUGGAUGAAGAAAAGCAGCUGCUGCUGUCUUUCAAGCCAGUAAUGCAGAAGUUCCUCCACGAUCACGUUAACCUGCAAGUCGGUGCACUGUAUGCUCUGCAGGUGCACUGCAACACCAAGGGUUUCCCUAAAGGCAUGUUGCUGCGCUACUUUGUCAACCUUUAUGACUUGGAAAUAAUUGAGGAAGAAUCUUUCCUGUCAUGGAAAGAAGAUGUCAACGACGAGUAUCACGGGAAGGGCAAAGCAUUGUUUCAGGUGAACCAGUGGCUGACCUGGCUGGAGACGGCUGAAGAAGAGGAGUCUGAAGACGAAGAUUACUGAGGCCGAAGCCAUCUGUUGUCACAAUACAACGAGUGAUCACUUGUGCAUCAUUGUCCUCAUUUUUUAAGCUUUUUACCUUUCGCCUCGGUUGUUACACCUUCUACAAUGAAAUGUUUUGCCAAAUCUAAAGUUUCAACAUUUACUGCAUUUUAAUUUCUAAUUUUCUACCCUCUUUACGUCUUGCAACAUUAACAUUUCGGUCAUUUUGACUGUUAAACAGUAGACAGGACGUCAGGGAAAUUUCCUAUAACCUCACCCCAUCGUACUUUACCUGGUCAGUUACCAGGUGCUGCGUAGAAAUUUCUUUGAACUGUUUACAGAAGGAUAAAUGACAAACUUUCCUAAACAUUCUUUAUAUAUAAAUAUAAUUGUACGUUUUAGCUGCACUUUGCUUAACAUCAUGAGUUGUUGCAAUAGUGGAAAGUAAAGUAUUCAAAUUGCUAACUGAAGUUUUCUGAUUUGGUUUUUGAAAAAUAGGCAAUUUUUGCUAAACUAAUUUAAAUCUGGCUUCGAUUUAGUUGAUGCUUGUGGCCAAUACGCUUGCACGGUUACUCACAUUUAGCUGGUUGAAUUGGAGCUGUUUUUAAGUGUGUGAAAUGUUUCGUGGUGUGUGGAAUCAAUCUGUGUGGCCUUUUUUAAUUUAUCGACUCUUAUGGAUAUACCUCUAAAGUGGCUGACUAUACUUGAAUGUCUUGAUUUUUGACAUUGAGACAGCCAAAGCUCUGCUACGGUUGUUCACUACUAAAAUCACGUUGUUUGCAAUAUUUUUAAAGUUAUUAAAGGGUCUUUUUUUUUAAUCUUCAACUAGCAAAGACUGUACUGUAUGUGUACACUUGCACGUUUUCUUUAGGGUCUCACUGUAACGUGUACAACUACAGAUCAACUUUGAAUAAAGUUCGACUGUUCAA